UCGGUGGCGGCAGAGGCAGGUGAGGGUGCGCGGAGAUAGGUGGAGAAGGCAAGGCUGAGCUUCCGAUCUCGCCUGGAUUCUGAACCAGAAUUCGAAACAGAGCGCUUCCUGAGGAUGCUGAAGCAACACUUUUUGUGGAUUGAGUUUCAUCUAAAGUGGAACCAACAGAAGGAUUAAUUAACACAUUCAGUUCUAAAAUAAACCAUGGACCAUGGGUUGGUGAUGUUCAGAGAUGUGGCUGUCGAUGUUUCUCAGGAAGAAUGGGAAUGCCUGAAUCCUGCACAGAGGAAUUUGUACAAAGAUGUGAUGUUGGAAAACUACAGAAACUUGGUUUCUCUUGGACUUUCUAUUUCUAAGCCAGCUGUGAUCUCCUCAUUGGAGCAAGGAAAGGAGCCCUGGAUGGGUGUGAGGGAUGUGACAGGAAGACAGUGCCCAGACUUGACGUCCAGAGAGGAGCCCACAGAAUUAUUGCCAGAAAAGGACAUUUGUGAAACAGAGCCACCCCAAGGAGUUUUGGAACCAAUUAAAAGCCACAGCCCUGAGAGAUCUAGUUUCAGAGAUAUUUGGGAAUGCAGAUGUCAUUUUGAGCAACAGCAGGGACAACAGGAAGACUAUUUCAGGCAAUUCAUGAUCAAGCAUGAGAACAUACCCAUUUUUAGACAACAUACUUUACUCUCUCAAGAAUUUUGCAAUAAAGAAGAAAUCUCUGAAUGUAACAAAUAUAGGAAAAACUUCAGUUACCAUUUAUUCUUUAGCCACCACAAAAGAAACCCUAAAGAAGAACUUCCUGAAUGUAAGGAACGCACAGGAAUCGUUAAUACAUCAUUCCUUAUGAGUAAACAGAGGAUUCAAAAUGGUCAAUGUAAGGAAUGUUGGAAGGCCUUUAUUCAAUGCUCACAACAUAAACAACAUCUGAGAGUUCAUAAUGGUGAAAAACGCUAUGAAUGUAAAGAAUGUGGAAAAGCCUUUAAUUAUAGUUCAGAACUUAUUCUACAUCAGAGAAUUCACACUGGUGAGAAACCCUAUGAAUGUAAGGAAUGUGGGAAAGCUUUUCGACAAAGAUCACAACUUACUCAACAUCAAAGACUUCAUACUGGUGAAAAACCCUAUGAGUGUAAACAUUGUGGGAAAGCCUUUAUUCGUGGCUUUCAGCUUACUGAACACCUGAGACUGCAUUCUGGUGAGAAACCCUAUGAAUGUAAAGAAUGUGGGAAGACUUUUAGGCAUUGCUCAUACCUUACCAUUCAUCAGAGAAUUCAUACUGGGGAGAAACCCUAUGAAUGUAAGGAGUGUGGGAAAGCCUUUAGCUAUCACUCAAGCUUCUCUCACCAUCAGAAAAUUCAUUCUGGCAAGAAACCUUAUGAAUGUAAUGAAUGUGGGAAGGCUUUUUGUGAUGGUUUACAGCUUACCCUACAUCAGAGAAUUCACACUGGUGAGAAACCCUAUGAGUGUAAGGAAUGUGGGAAGACUUUUAGACAAUGUUCACACCUCAAAAGACAUCAGAGAACUCACACGGGUGAGAAACCUCAUGAGUGUGUGAUAUGUGGUAAGGCCUUUAGAUUUCAGUCACACCUUACUCAACAUCAGAGAAUUCAUACUAGUGAGACACCUUAUGAAUGUAAAGAAUGUGGGAAAGCCUUUAGCUAUCAUUCAAGCUUCUCACAUCAUCAGACAAUGCAUUCUGGGAAGAAGCCUUAUGAAUGUGAGAAGACGUUGAGUCAUGGCUUAGAACUUAAUCUGCAACAGACACCUCAGACUGAUGAAGAGUCAGCAAAGUUUCCUUUCCUCUCCCACCAUCCUAGUCUAGCAUCAUGAAAUUAUUUCUGGAAAGAUACAUUUCCUUCCUUUAAGUAAAAAGUUGAUAAAGCACUGUUUCAUUUUAUCUCUCUAUAUUUCAAUAAUCCUUGAAAAUCAAAUGUUAUUUUUGACAUGGGAAAAUGGAAAAGUAAUUACAGGGUAAAAAUUGGUCUGGUUCUAGUAUUGUUUCUGAGUUGAUAUAUUAAUCACCACUGGAAGUGAAUUUGGUAAAAUUUUAUAAUAAUUGUAUAGAAGUCAGUGACGUACAGCAGAAAUGAAAUGGGAACAUUUCUGUCUCCCACAAGUCCCUGAAGUACCCAACAUGUGUUUGUCCUUUGUGCUCAAGCAACAUGCACAUAUAAAGGAUUUGAAGCAUGUGUGCGGGGGAGGUUUUACCCCCUAUUGUAACAGAUUUCAUAACAAUUUUCCUUUCCAGUUAAUAGGUUUUCCAGGUCAGCACAUAAAGAUCUAACUCAUUCUUUUUUAAAGUUUAGAAUACUUAAAAAUGUGAGAUAUGUCAGUAUUUUAAGCCAUUCCCUACUGUAGACAUUCAGGUUGUUUCUACGGCCCUUUCAUGUGAAACUACCAUGGAGUAAGCCUUCAUAUAUGGUUACUUCUUAUGUUUCUUUGGUAGAUUCCCAGUAGUAGGAUGAAAGAAUAUCUGCAGUAUGUGUGUGUUCUUUGAUAUCACACCAAUGUUUUAAAAAACGCCUUAAAAUUUUUGUUUAGGGAAUGCUGUCAUGUAGAUGUUGUUUCUCCCUGUUAAAGUUUCCAGUGUUUUAAGAGUUUGGUCCCCAGGUUGGUGGUAUUGGGAGGUGAUGGAACCCUUUGAUAGCUAGGACCUAGUAGAGAUCCUAGGUCAGUUGAGGGCAAGCCCUCCAAAGGGAUUAAGGUAUUUUCAUGGGACCCUAGUUAGUUCUCACAACAACACUGAUAGAAAAGCAUGAGUAUGGGCCCACUUGUUCUCGCUCUCUGAUUCCCUGUAUCAAGAUGUAAUCUUGUAUUCCCACACACAUUCCUGCCAUUGUCAUCUGCCAUGAGGUAAUGAAGCCAAGAAGGCCCUUAACAGAAUUGAGCCAGUGUUAGCACCGUGUCCUCAAACCUCCAAGACUGUGAGUUAAAUAAACCUUUUUUCUUUAUAAAGUUAUUCUGCCUCAGGUAUUUUAAAAGUAAGCAUGUAUGGGCCGGCGCCGCGGCUCACUAGGCUAAUCCUCCGCCUUGCGGCGCCGGCACACCGGGUUCUAGUCCCGGUCGGGGCACCGAUCCUGUCCCGGUUGCCCCUCUUCCAGGCCAGCUCUCUGCUGUGGCCAGGGAGUGCAGUGGAGGAUGGCCCAAGUGCUUGGGCCCUGCACCCCAUGGGAGACCAGGAGAAGCACCUGGCUCCUGCCAUCGGAUCAGUGCGGUGCGCCAGCCGCAGCGGCCAUUGGAGGGUGAACCAACGGCAAAAGGAAGACCUUUCUCUCUGUCUCUCUCUCACUGUCCACUCUGCCUGUCAAAAAAAAAAAGCAUGUAUGAAGAUCUACUCCAUGGUAGUUUCAGGUGAAAAGAGCAAUAGAAACAACUUGAAAGUCAAAUUCCUUGGACAAAAGUAUAUUAAGUACAUUCCUUGAUUUUUGACAAAUUCACAUCGUUGGUCCGUAGCUGGCCCCACCUCCACCUGCCUUUAGUGUCUUCCAGGAAUUUUAAGGCCCUGCCAACUGUCAAGGUACCGUCUCUCAGCUUUGCCUCCUUCAUUGAUCUGCACUACUGGAACUGUGUUCUGUAAAUGUCCCUCCUUGCUGGCUUGUAUGAUGUUAGGCUUUGUCAGUAGAGUGCUGGAGGGUCUGAAGAGGAGGGUUUUUUGUUUAUGUGUUUCUCCCGGCUUUCUUUCACUCCCGUCAGCCUCCUGUAGUUCAUUCUUCUUCAUCAGCAUCUGGCUUCUGUGGUGUGCAACAUCCAGCAGCACUAACCUCCAUGUAGUUGGAUUGUGUCGUAGCGAACUUUGAAGUGUACUAGCAGCUCUGUGAAGAUGGCUUGCCCCACCUACCUGCAGGAUUAAUUUUAGGCAGGUCCCACUUCUCUGCUAUUCACUGAGCCAAAGCUAUGCUUUUUCCAAGGAGACCUAGACCUUGGGCCUGUGGAAAGGAGGCUAUUUGAGUUCUGUACUUUAGUCCAUAUUUUCUCUCCUCAGGGUCAGCCUCUACUAACAGUUUCUUUAGCAUUCCAGGAAUAUGCCAGGUAAACUUUUGAAAUCCUUUGGAUCAAAAAGCAGCCACUUGCUUCAUUAAUACUGUAUUGUAGGGUAGAUUUAUUUGUAUUUAUACCGCAGAUAUUUUUUACUUCCUGAAUCCAAGAGUUCACAACUAUUUUCAGUUCUAGAAAAUUCUCUGCUGUUACUACUUAAGAUAUGCUUCUCCUUUGUUCUGUGCCCUCUUCUCCCAUACCUUUCUACCAUCUUGAUCAUAUGUUGAAUCUUCUUGUAGUCUUUGGAUUAUUUUAUCCAACUAUAC